AGGUCAUUGCAAAAGGUGUUGAAGUUCCAGAACUAGAUCCAUGCUCAAAGUGUAAUAAAGAGCUUUUUUUAUAUGAAAUUAAAAAGCCAUUUACGAUACUUACUUGCGCCCAUAUAUUCCACCGUAGUUGUCUUGAGGAUUAUGUGAAAGAUCUUCCGCAAUGCCCUAAGUGUGGAAUAGAAGUUGAACCAAUUGAUUAUUCUGAAUCUAGCUCUAUCCUAGUUCCAAUGCAAAUUUCGCCACAAAUGAGAUCUAGUCAAAGCGAGAAUACAGUAACCUCAGAUACAAUUCAUAGUUUAAAUCUCUUACCAUUUCCAGACAAUACAAAACAGAGUCAAAAAAGACCUAGCGAAGAUACUACUAAAAAUAAAUUAUCUAGUAAAAAAUCAAAACAGAAUAAGGAAAAAGGCGACAAGAAAGAUUCUAAUAUUAUAAAAAAACUUAUUACAGAAUUAAAAUCUAACACCUCUGAACAAAACAAAAUAACUUCUUACCAAGUAAUAGCUACCGAAGAUGACCCACAACCUAUCGAUUUUCUAAAUUUAUAUACUAAAAUUACCUCUGCUGAAAGUGAAAGUCAAAAACAAAGUCAGAAAGUAAUUUUUCAAUACUAUAACUUCGGGAUGGCCAUAGCAAAACGCUUUAAGUUUCAUUAUGAAAAAUCUUAUAAUGUAAAUGAUGCUAAUAGUGAUGUAAACAAAGAAAUUGAAAAACAACUUCCCGAUGGAACAGAUAAGAUAGGACGAGUAGAAUCUUUUAGUGCAUUAACAAUUGCCAAAUUAACCGUUGAUCAAAUUAACUAUGUAAUAUCUCAAAUUCCUGAUAAACCCCCAACAGAAUCAAUCGAAAAAUGUAUUUUGGUAGCUCAAAUACUUCUUAACGAGGAACCAAUAAUUGAGUAUCGCCCUUCUUUCCUGAAUGGGUUAGAACUUGAUGCUUUCUUUCAAAAACACCAAAUUGCAUUAGAGAUACAAGGGGCUCAGUAUCGACUCCAUAAUACUAGUUGGUAUAAAGAUGUCAAAAAGCUCGAGGAUAUAGUUAAUCGUGAUCGGCUAAAAAUAUGCAUAUGUCAAGAUAACGGAAUUUUCUUACUUGAAGUAUGUACAGUUUUGUUCGGUCAAUGGGCAGAAUCAAGCAAAGGUGGAGAGGGGUGGAUGUUGAGGAAUGGCGAAAGAGUUAGAGACGUUCUUGUUCGUAUGACGUCAAAGACCAUUGAUCAAGCAAAGGAACUACAAUCCGAAGGGGAAAAGUUAGAUGCAUCCACUUUAAGCACUAUACGACUUGGUCUUUCGUCAAUAGUUGACCUUUCUUCCGAAUUUUCUGGUGGUAUGUGCACCUGGUUCGGUGAGGAAUGGUCAGAACUUAAAGCAAAGGCCCUGAUGCAGAUAAAUAUCACGCCAAAGAAAUUUGGAGAUGCAAUUGAAAGCGACAUUAACAAAAUAGAAGAGCUUUGUAAUGAAUACAAAUACUGGGAAGCAAGGGAUUUUGUGUAUGAGAAGUUAAAGGGACGUCCGGAUAAAACUAGAAUUUUACAACGUCAAGAAGGAAAUAAACAAAAUUUAACAGAAAUUGAAUUCGUGCUCAAAGUUGCAGGUCCAAUAAUAGAUAUAAUAUUUUCCGAUGUUCAACAUCUUGUUCAUCUUAAAUGGGGAGAAACGGUUUCGAAAGCAACAGCGGUUGGAAGAAAAAUCGACUUACAAGUUAUAUGCCGAGGAAAAAAUCAGGGAAAAAUUGUGGAGCUUAGCCACUCUGAGUGCGCUCGUAGAACAACUCCUACUAAAAUUAUUAGUGAUCGCAGUAAAUGCCUUAGAACAAAUAAAUCUUUAGCAGCUCUAUAUGGUCAAAUAAUUGGUGUUGACUUAUUAGAUAAUGGAUUGUAUUUCGGUUUUGAAGGGCCACUAUUAAGGUUUCCUACUCAAAUCAAUGAUAUUACUGUUCUGAAACAAACUUUGGAAGCAUUAUAUUUCUUUAAGGAAAGUAUUGUUCACAAAGCAGAAGCAUUAUUGUGUCUUAAUAAGGACUCAGAUCCUUUUAGUAAUAUUUUUCACACUGAAAUAAUUUCAAAACCCCAUCACUGUAAAGCGGAUUUCACGAGUCCAACUUAUUUUACGCCACAAAAAGAUAAAAGAAAUGAAAUAAGAUUGUUGUCAUCCAAUCAUCACAUUUAA